UUUAACCACUGGAAGGAGAAUCUGGUCUUUCAAGAAGACAAUCAAAAUUUUCGGCAAAAAGAACAAAGUUUUCGUAUUGAGAACAAAGUCUACUAUUAGGAGAAUCUAAGUGUCCGCAGAUAGAACAAAGUCCUUUGGGAACAGAAUAAAAUCCUUCAAAGGAAGCAUAAGGACUCUUCAGAGGAAACAAAGAACCUUGAGAAACAGCAAAAGGCUCGCCAACAAAAUAAAGCCCUCAGAGAAGAGAUUAAGUCUCUCAAAGGAUAUGAAUGAGCAUUUGCAUUGAAAGAAAAAGCUCUUCACAAUGAGAUUUUAGCUUUCUGAGAAAAACACAAAGCCUUCAAGGACCAGCUUAGAGCUCUUCAAGAGGACAACAAAGCCAUUCAGUUGGAGGAAAAAGCUGUUUGUGAAGAAAAAUUCUCCUCUCUCAGUGAGCAGAAAUUUGCUCUGCAAGAAGGGAAUAUGCCCCUUCAUAAGAAAAAGGCCCUAGGAGGUUAGGAGAAAGCUCUCCAAGAACAGCACAGAGACCGCUAUGAAUGGAAUAAGAUACUUCAAGAGAAGGAACAAUGUAAUAUAAGUGAAGAACCAGGUGCUUUGGGAGAUUUUGCAGCAGGACUGAAGAGUUUAGAAAAAAACAGUAUUUUUUGUUGUCGCCCAAACAUCCACAAGUAG